AUUUUCUCGUAGUCAGAUGUUCAAUGCGAAAGGCGGGAUUGGCCGUUUCAAUCAUCCUGUUGCUUGUCCCUUUCUGUUUCUCAUUUUGCGAAAGAAAACGAAAACAUGACGUUUGACGUUGAAGUGUGACGUUCGUCUAAGUUUUUGAUAUGAGAUAUGACGUUUACGAUCAUUUAUAUUAGGUUCUUAAAUUUGAUUCCAAUUAAUAAAAUUAUAAUACAAUUAUAAGAAAUGUGUUGCAUUCAUGAGCAGAACGUGUGAUGUAUAAGGUGCAAUAAUAAUUUCGCUAUCAGAAAUACGUAAUUUUUUUUUCGCUAGUGUAAUUAUUGAAUGUUCUGUUUCUCAUCAUACCAGUCAUUAAUAUUAUGGAUAAAACGCCAAUUUCAUAACUCGUGCGCGUUAAGAUUGAGAUAGCCCCGCGAGCAGGCUGACGAAUUUCCGGACCAAGUGUAAUCUCUCCAAUAAAAUGAGUUCAGGUAACGAAGUUUGUGUAUGUACAUGAACUGGCACACUUGCAGUUACUUUUCCUGACCCAAUCAUUAUGAAAUUUGCUAAAAAUGGCUCCCCACAGCUGUAAGGGUAGUGAGCCGGUAGAUUCAAGCAUGUCCGAGAAAAAAGGAGAUAAACCUGAUCUUCCUAAGGAGGUAGCUGCUGAUAUGAAUGGGAUAGACAGCAAUGGCCUAAUUGACAAUCUGUCUAUGCCAUGGUUUGGUAUGGAUAUUGGAGGCACCUUGUGCAAACUGGUGUAUUUUGAGCCAAAAGAUCUCUCAGGAUGUGAAUCAUUAGCAUCUGAAGUGGAAACACUACGAAAUAUCAGGAGAUACCUCACAAAAAAUUCUGCUUAUGGCAAAACAGGACAUCGAGAUAUACAUUUGCAAAUGGACAACGUAAAAAUCAAGGGUAUAUCGGGAACAUUACAUUUCAUUCGUUUUCCUACCAGCGAAAUGAAAAAUUUCCUAGCCUUAGCCAAAUAUAAAGGUAUGGCCAAAUUAGUAACAACAGUUUGUGCAACUGGCGGUGGCGCCUAUAAGUUUGAGGAAGAUUUUGGAAAGGAAGUGAAUAUGAAACUUGCCAAAUUCGACGAAUUUGAUUCCCUUUUGAAAGGUCUUCAAUACAUCGAUAAAAACAAUCCGUCCGAAUGUUACUAUUGGGCGAAUCCGACUGAACCAAGCAAAUGUUUCAAAGUCAACCAUGACUUUUCGCACCCGUAUCCCUUCCUCAUUGUAAAUAUCGGUUCUGGAGUUAGUGUUUUAGCUGUAUAUUCUGCUACUAACUAUAGGAGAGUUUCCGGUACAAGUAUAGGGGGCGGCACAUUCUUAGGACUAUGCUGCCUUUUAACGGGUUGCAACACGUUUGAGGAAGCUAUAGAGUUAGCAGCAGAAGGCGACAACACACACGUAGAUAAAUUGGUCAAGGAUAUUUAUGGUGGGGAUUAUCAGAGGUUUGGACUUCCCGGUGAUCUUGUCGCAAGCAGCUUUGGACAAAUGAAUUCGAGAGAAAAACGCAGCAAAGUCAGCCGACAAGAUUUGGCCAGGGCCACCUUGGUCACGAUCACCAACAACAUCGGGUCCAUAGCGAGGAUGUGCGCAACGCAAGAAAAAAUUGACAGGGUAGUAUUUAUUGGCAACUUCUUGAGGGUAAAUCCCAUAGCAAUGAAGUUGCUGGCAUAUGCGAUGGAUUACUGGUCCAAAGGCACAAUGAAAGCAUUAUUUUUGGAGCAUGAAGGAUACUUUGGUGCUGUCGGGUGUUUACUACAGUUUCACGAAGAAUAGAUAGAAUGUGGGGGAGAAUAUCUCUCCCGUGCAAUGGCAAAAGAUAGUAACUUGUUUUUGUGACUUUUACAGAAAUCAAUGAAGAACAUUUCUACUCAAGCCGAUAAGUAGACUUAAGUCACUAAUAGUAGAAAAAGCCUUUUGUAAAGGACAAAAAUUUGCCCUUUCCAUCCAUUGAAACAAUUCUUGUUUAAAAACUGUCUUCAUAAAGUUAAAUUAGAUACUUUGUUUGGAAAUUUUAUUGUCAUAGAAUACAACAAGUAAAUACUACAGUAAAUAAAGUUACUUGUUUUUCACAUUGGAAUUCAAGAUCCUUGUCGAUUCUAUACAGUUUUAAGGGGCUGCGAAUUAGUAUUCUUGAAAAUCCAGGAUGCUGUUGCUUUUAUGCAGAUUCUCCCGAUCGACAUAAAAGAUCAGGAACAUCAUCAUUUGUUGUUAAUUGUCUCCAAAAUAGUUGUUUUCUGGAUUCCAUCGCAGGACAUAGUUCUUCAACUAUUUUUUGUUUUUUUGCUGUGUUGAUCCCUCUAUCAUUACUAUAAGCUACAGGCUGCUGAUUUAUAUCAAACUUACUCUUUAAAAAGUUCGCCUCAGCGUAUUCAGUCUCAUCAAACGAUGUUUUGUAGAAUAGAGACCUGGAACCUUUUCUGAACUCGGCAAUCUUGAUUUGAUCUAACAGCGGAAUAUUUACUUCCCCAGUUAUAUUUUUACGGCGUUGUUUGGAGCCAUCGAUAAAAGGAUAGAAAUCACUGUGACGCAUAACUAUUGGUUUAUUUUUCUUAGACGAUGCAUUUAUCACAUCAACAAAAUCAUUAACGUCCAAUAUUUGUUUACGCUUUCUCCACUCGCGUCCUAUUUGUCCAUGUACUGAAUCAGCAUUCAUAAAAGAAUGUCCUGGCUCAAAGUACUUCACAAUGAUGUUUUCCGGUCCCCAAUCUGCAUUCACCAAACAGGCAAACAUUGUAUACAACGUCCAGUUCUUAUUUUGGGCGGAGCAGUUAUCCAUCCAAAAGAUAAAAGACAUAACGUUUGGGUUAGAAUUUUUAAUGACAUGAUAGAACGUUGAGGCAAUAUCUGGAGCAUUGCGUCCUCUAGUAGCUUCAUGCCAGACAUAACACUUAUUAUCAUCUUUGUGCAAGGGAGCGAAUGUCUCGUUGAAAGUCACUAGCCUUGGUAUGAAAAAUGACUCUUUAGUAGUCAUCUUGGGAAGGAGCAGAACUUUCUGUAGAUCUACAGUAUAAAUUUCAAUUCCUCUUUGCCAGUCACGGUCUUUAUCUUCCUUGUAAGCACGCCUAGUUGAAGUGUAGUGUGUCUUAUGCACAUUAUGCUUGAUACAAGUUUCACAUGCGGCAGGAUUAUGACUAAGAUCAACAGCUGUUUCUCCAUUAUGAAUUGAGUACUUAUUACAAACUCCACAAUCAUCCUGAGAGGGAUGAUCGAAGCCAAUAUUGAGCUUAUCAACAACUUGUCUAUAUUUCUCGUAUGAUAUUUUUUGUCUGCUCGUGCAAAAAUCUCUCCACAUAAGCGAAAUAUUUAUCUCAGGUGAAAGAUAUCGUCGUAAGGGAGCAUGGUCUAAUUUAUAAUGAGAAACAUAUGGAUGGAAAGAGUUUACAUGGUUCUCGAUUACGGUAUCUAUCAUAGCCUUUUGAAUUUGCGCAGAUCUUCUAGCUGAUUCUCCUCUUCUAUCUUUGAUUUCUACAUUGCUGUCUAUUCUCCUUCUAGCUUUCAGAUGUUGAGUGAUGAUGGAAUCAUUUCUUUGUCCUAAAGUAUGAAGAAACAUUGUUUUGCAGACUCCGAGUUCUGAUCGAGAAUCUUCUCCAUAUUGAGGUAGGUAGUACUUUACGUGGAGGUUCUUUUAGAAAAGUUUCCCUGGGUAGUUCUAGUUUUGACGUUUUCUUCUUUAACAUAUGCUGUCAAAUACAACCUUCGUUGAGAAAAAUUCAGUUUCCAGAAGCUCUCUAAUAUUUUUUGCCUUGAAUAUUCAUCAAUUUUUGUACUGCAAUGCUUGCGACAAGAUUCCAAGCAAGGAGGAAGCAGCUUAUGUGAUUCGAGGUUCCUUCUCACUUUCUCUUUCUCUUUGCGAAGUCUUUUCAUCUUCUUAUUCGGAUUUUCAACAAUUUCAAAAACUGAUUGUAAUGCUGCCUCAAGCAUAUCACGUAAAUACAACUCAGUAGCAUCUUCAUUGUUAUUUGCGACCAGAGAGGAGACUUCUGGAAGGUCACCCAAAUGACUAACAACAGGUUUAUCGUUCAAGCUACUCGUAGAUGGAUUAGUUGGUGUUGUCUCGUUAUGGACUUUCGAAAUAUCAAGGAGCAAGUCCUCUGGACCAAAAUAAGAUUUAAUUUUCUUAGGGUGUUCCAGAGCUGGGUCGAAGUCUGGAUCAAGAUCAGAAUCAUCUACUUCUGAGUCGGAAUCGACUUCUUCAGGUAGCGACCUGAAAAAUAUACUUUUGUCCAUUUUAGGCUAUUCGCAAAAAUUUCUUGGUCAUAGUUAAACUACGCUCCAAUCAAACCAUUACAACUCGUGCACUUUCAUGUUUACCUCUCUAAAUGUUAGUGAAACUAGGAUGAAACAGAAUGAAAUAACAAAUACCUAGUUGGUUUAUACUUAAGCUUCCAAUAGUUUUUUUUAAUCUUUGGGUAUGCAAUGAAUUACAGCAGGUUUCUUCUCAACUCGAAAUACGAUUGAUCAGUUAUUACUUUUUCUAUUCUGAUAUUACAAGUCUGACAACGUUGCAAUAGCUAUGGGAUCGGCAAAGCAGCCGUUGGGAAUUAUGAAAUGGGAGUUAGGUUAUGCUAUAUUUUUAGCAUAUUCACGGAUUUGAAAAACAGAGCUUAGUUACAGUCAAGUUUUAAACUUACCUUUUCAGGGCCAUCUGUACCAAACGUUUUCCUCGUGUGUUCAUUAUUUUGGAACUUAUACAAUGCGUUUUUAACUGAUUCACUCACAAAUGAUAUAUCUGUUGGUUAGCAAAACUAACUCCUACUAAUGUUGCCAAAUUUGUGCUGCAUUUACCAUAUUGAAAUAGGGCAACUAGAGAUACGUAGCAGUAUAUGACAAAUAACAGAACAUUUUGCUAUUCCAAAACACAGCAACUGCAGAUACGUUGCUUUCUUUUAGCAUUCAGCGCAUGACUGUGUAAAAUAACCGAACAGCUACCAGCAACUUCAAAUACAGUUUUUUGAUUUAGUAAUUCCAGCAAAACUGUGGGAGAUACGAUUCCUCCUAUGCCUGUAUCUAUGAUUCUAAUUGGCCUAUAAUAAAGUUAUUUGUAGUAGCAAAUAGCUCGGAAGGUGACCAAUCCAUCUGGCGCUACAAAGCCAAAACCUAGUAACUUGAGUUACUGCGUUUUGCCAUUGCAGGGGAGAUCUAUUCGAGGAGCAUCUUAUGCCACAUGCUCUUUUGUUAUGUUCUAAUUACCUGUUUUAAUAAUUCCAACGUAAAAAGAAGGUUCAUAGUUUCUAAAAAAUAAAAGAAGUCUUUUAAAAAAUAUCUGAUUAGAAACAUUAGAUGUUAUUAUUGCUGAUUCGGGUUGUUAUGAAAUCGGACCAAUAUUCAAUUGUGCACUAAUAUCAGCAAAGACACGACUCACAGGCAUAGAUUUUUGCUAAGCCUUUGGUUUUUCUUAUGUCUUUCCAGUGAACAUAAUGUGGCAUAUUUUAAUGAAUAAUAAUUAUUUCUUGGAAUUUGCUGGUCAUUUGAGGAUGCAAAACUCCACAUUUAUUAACAUUCCAAAUGUUGAAGAAAAUGACACAAAACUAAGUCAUUUUAAUUUCAAAAAAUACGAGAUAUGUCCAUAAAAUAUCGAUAUCAUUGAGUCCCAGUAUGCGGUUUCUGUGUUUAUAAUAUGGGGAUGUUGAAGGUUUUUAUAACUCCAAUUGUUAAAAAUCUCAAAACAUACGUCGGCGCCGUUAUAUGAUACUGACACUGAUUCUAGGGCACCCAGAAUAAGAUGGCGUAAAUUACUGUCCACACUUUGAGGUACAGAUACACAUGCUCAUAAAAUAGCAUGCUUGAAAAUAGCAUACUCUUCAAACUGACACAUUUGCUUGUGUUUAGCAUGCUUGUUUAGAGCAUGUUCUUCUCGAUCUUGCUCAAAGCAUAGACACCGAACAUAUAUGCUAUUUAAUAGCAAGCUCUCUGUCAAUGUUCCACAAAAAUGUAAAACCAAGUGACUUUCUCCACAGAAGUGAAUAAAGUCAUCAUUUUGUUUGCAAUAUAAUGUGUCCAAAAACUUUUGGUAUCAAGGAAAAAGAAGAGAAGGAAAAGGACGAUUUGAAAAUUUCAUUUUUUUUUUUAGUUGAUUGUGGUAAACAGAACUCAGUUCCUUGAUUUUUGUUUUUAAGAUUCCUAAGGUAGGGUCAUUCAUAUUCAUUAACUUAUCUUCAUACGCACUGUUUCUCAAAAUAUUGUUUUUAUACUGCGGAGACUUUGGGUUCCACAUACAUUCAUGAUUUCGAUAUAGAAUGACAAACUUUAACACACGCGCACCUGCUGCGAACAACUGCUGCUCAAUGAUAGCAUGCUUAAUAAGCAGACCUGUUCACACGCGCUAAAAGCACACCCCCUUCCACCCGCGCUGCAGGUAGCAUGAUCAAAAAUCGCACGACAGUCGAUUUUUAAGCAUGCUCAGAAAUAGGAUGCUUAAUUCUAGUAACGUGUGUACACAAAUGCUAAUAAGUAGCAGUUGCUCAUUAAUCUUUUGUGCUAGAUUUGAGCAUGUGUAUCUGUACCUUUUAUGUAUUGGAUCACACUGGCCCAGGGUUUUCCCUCGGCUGGCUUAUUCGAAAUGUGAAGAGCAAAGCACCAGGAACAAAACAUGGGAUUUGACCGUCGGUCAAUUUUAAUGGUAAUUCGUAAAGUAAUAGCUCAUAUUAUAGAUCAUAUGUUUCAAUGGGAUCAAAGCCCAGAAAUGCUUUCCGUCGGAGAUACAGGAUGUUAAAGUUUGGUGCCUUACCCCUUGUAGACUUGACAAUAUAAUAAAAAUGACAUGAACACACAACAUAUACAGGCUGUCCCAACUAAAUGGGAAGUUUAAUAGAAAAACCACAAAAGAUACUCAAAAACGUUUGUUUUAAAUUACUUUGAGGUAUGCACUAUUCCAUGGCACAACAAAGAUUUUUAACCAUUUUAAUAAACUUGAUAUCAGAAGAAACUUAUAAAAAAGCAAACCUGAUGGUGAAAAAAUAUAUAGUUCUAUUUGAAUUUUUUAAGAAAAACGUUUUUUGUUUUGCAGCACCCUGAUAAAGUUGGCGUUCUUUUUCGUCCUCUUUGCAAAAUCCGGUAAAAAACUACCUAAAAUGGCAGAAGUCAAUGCAUUCGAGGAUAGGUAUUUAUUUCUUCAGACAAAUGAUAAAAUGACAUUCAAAGUCUUACAUCAACCUUCUUCUGUUUUUCCAAAUACCUAUCUGAUAAGGGUGUUCAAUGAAAAAAAACAAGUUUGUGGUGCCACGGAAUUGUGCAACACCAAUAUACUUUAGAGAUACACACCUAUAAGAUGUUCAUCUUGUUGUGCAAACCAUUUUCGAAUAUCUUAUAUAGUUUUUCUAUUAAACAACUUUCCAUUUUCGCUGGUAUAUAUUGUAAGUUAGUGUUCAAUAAUUUUUAUCAUAUUGUUAAGUUCCCUGAGGAUAUUAAAGACAAGUAAGAUUUCCUAAAAAUGGUUCAGACAGGCGUACCCUCAGCAUCUAAGCUAGAACAUUUGAUCAGCACGUCAUGAACUUUCCGAUUUUUUUUUAAAAUUGACCGGUUGUCAAAUUCCAUGUUUUGUGCCUGGAAUUUUAAAGAUUGAGCAGUGUUUUUAAAAAAUACUAUACAGGUAUACCCAGUUCACGAUAAACUCUGUACUAUUGUAGAUAAAUGGCUUAUGUUGUCUACCGUAUCUGAAUAUGAUUUGGAUAAAAAAUUGUAAGCGCUAAGGAAGAUUAGCUGCUUUCAACGCACAGACAAAUGUCCGAUAUCAAAUUUGAUUGUCUCUAGUUCAUUUUAAGCUCAUCAAAAGAGUUGUAUUCUAGGCAUUUUAUAAGUAGAAAAAUAUCUAAGUUUUUAAUAGAAGAUUUUUUUAUGUAUUAAUAGUGAAUGUAUUUAUAAUUGUUUUUAUAUAUUUAUUGAUAGGAUUAAAGUUGGGUAUACUUCGGAAUCAGUAGAUAUAUUUAUAUUCUGCUUUUAUAUACUAUGGUAAUCAGAGGUGCUGGUUAUUUUUGUUGAACGCACAUUUUUGGAUGUUAUAUAUGACGCAGCUGAAAAUAUGCACAUAUAUGUCAUAUUGAUAUAUGCAGAUUGUUUUUAUAACAAUAAAACAUUUUACAUUUAAUA